AUGCGUAUUUGUGUGGCAACUGGCAGCUUUCAGCAACAGCAACAGCAGCAGCAACAACCAGCAAGACCCAAGAAGAAUUGGCUGCGGAGCAUACGCUCGGUACACUUGCCCAGGAGCAAGUUGGUCGAAAUAGUUCCCCAGAUGCAGGGCAUCAGCGCCGAAGAAGGUGGAUCAUUAUCCAGAUCCGGACAUCUCAUGACCCUGGAGACUCUUUCACCCAUUUCGCAGCUCCCCAGCACCAGUAAAAAAAAGCCGAAUGAGGAGCCAAAGGAGCUCUUGGUUUGCAAUGAUUGCCUUAGCAAUUUAUCAGAGGAUUCCACGGCUAGUAAGGUGAAUAAGGUUGUAAAGGAACCCGAUUUUCCAAAGAGUACUCCAUUCGGCCGUCUGCUGUGCAUUAAGGAAAGUUCGGAUAAUGUUUCGGAGUGGGAUGAGCGACUACUGUCUCCUACGGAAAAUCAAAACAAGGAGAACAAGGAUACUUCAAAGCUUAAGAUCUUACCGAAUCCUUCAAAAGACGAGUUACGCUACAGCUCGUGGAUACUCUCAAACGACAAUGUUCCUCCCCAGAAUAGCGAUAAUAAGGAUAUUCCGAGUGAGGUUCCGAAGUGGAACAAACACCGCUCAGAUUGUAUUAUCAUAUCAAGCGAUGACGAGGGUUUGCCUGGCCAAACAAAUGCAGCUAUUAAAAAGAGACACAAGCAAACUGCCACGAAGCUUCGCAAAAAUGUGUCUUCAAAAAAGAGUCGCCAAUCUACUGGGAAAUAUCCAAAUGCAGAUCCAACUGGGUCCAAGGAUAAACAAGAUACUAAGGGAAAGCAGAUACCCCGGCUUACUCGGAUUAACUUACCGCCCAGUAAGGAUAACCCGAUUAAGGAUACGAUGCAGAGCCCUCAUCACUCCGAGGACUUUGUUUUCCAUCAGAACCUGGAUAAUAAGAUCGCUGUGAAGACAGUGAUGCCGAAGUUUCUCUCAAAUCUGUCUUCGUCAUUUAAUUGCCAGCCGUCGUCUAGUAAUGAUAAUACAAAUGAGAAUCCUAUGUGGCUCAAACUUUCGAACCAGUGGACUGCCCCCAAUAAUAACAACGACUUUCUUAUAAAUGAGAACCAGUACAAUGAAGUAGCUGUGCAGCAACUGCUCCCUUUAAUUUUACAACCUCAAAACUUGAUAGAGGGCGAGGACAUAGACCUCAGCAACGAUGGUUCCCAUGGGAAUCCCAUGCGGAACUUAAAUCGGAAAUUGGAAAGAAAGGACACUCUGGUCAAUAAGGAUAUUAAGGGAAAGGAAAAGCUGGCCACUAAUACUGCUCCAAAGACCGUUUGGAACACGGACAACCUGUGCGAGUGCGCCAUGCGGGAAAUCCAGAGUCCAGAGGCUUCCCAAACCAAUGUGGAAAGUUGGCGGAGCAUCGAGGCGAUCUGCAUGCGUCUGAGGGACAUUACUGUCCCGGGUAAAGUUGGUCUCCUGGAGGAAACGCCAUUCUUCGAGGACAUUUUCGAUGUUCUGGGUAUUCAAGAGGAGCAGCCCGAAUCAAAUCGUGCUUCUCAAUUGCCCAUUGUCAUGAAGGAGGAUGCCAGUACUGAUUCUGAAAAUGAGACAGUUUUAAAAUUUUUUAAUCAAAAAUAG